AACAAGAUUUCUUACUGCAAGCUCUACAGAAUGCAUGGAAAUAUGGUUCUUUAAAAAUGAAGAGGUAUAACAAUUUUCAGAUUCAGAAUAUUUAGAUUUACAGAUCCGAGCCGGGGGUACCACAGGGGUGAAGUAGAUGAUGUUAGUGCUUUACUGCUCUAGAGUCCAGGGUUAACCUUUAGUUUGCGUUUUGCAUAUUCUUCCUAAAUCUGUUUAGAAUCCAUAAACAUGUAUUCUGUUAUAACACGCAUGCACACAAAGGGUUAAUUAUUACCAUUUAAUUCUUUGUCAGAAUGAACAAAUGUAGUGCAAAUACCUUUUGUUGCUUGGCAGCAGACCAUUCUGUUGAAUAAAAAAGCUGACUUCAGAAGUUAAUUGAUGUCACUGGCAAUGUGGGUUAUCUGAAACAAUAUAAAAGAGUGGCUGUUAAUCAUUGGCAGUGUUGAAGUGAUACACUGCUAAUCCAUCAUUAUGGGAAAGGUAAGCCUACUAUCACCUCUUUAUUUAUUCUAUUUAUAUGCGCUUAUAAUUAUAUAUGUAAGUGAAGAACUAAUUAGGUUUAAAAAUGUUUCAUUAAACAUACCAUCUAACAAAAAUAUUUGGUUACAGAUUAUCUUCUACGAGGAUAGGAACUUUCAAGGCCGUUCCUAUGAGUGCAGCAGCGACUGUGCUGAUCUGCACUCCCAUUUCAGCCGCUGCAACUCCAUUCAGGUAGAAAGUGGGUACUGGAUGGUGUAUGAACGGCCAAACUUUAUGGGUUACCAGUACUUUCUCCAUAGAGGGGAAUACCCAGAUUAUCAACAGUGGAUGGGUUUUAACGACUGUGUCAGAUCCUGUCGUAUGCUACCUCAGCAUCAAGGGUCUCAUAGAGUGAGGAUCUAUGAGCGUUCUGACUUUGGUGGACAGAUGAUGGAGUUUACUGAUGACUGUCCAUCUGUCUAUGAGCGCUUCCACUACAAUGACAUCCAUUCCUGCAAAGUGCUUGAAGGAUUCUGGCUGUUCUAUGAGCAUCCCAAUUACAGAGGCAGACAGUAUCUGCUGAGACCUGGUGAAUACAGAAGAUACAGUGACUGGGGUGCCAUAUCCUCAAGGAUUGGUUCCAUGAAGUGCAUUACCUAUUCAAACUGA